AAAGGAGGCGCUGCAAGUAAGUUGGGUGACCCCAGGCAAUACUCCACCUCUCCCGAUAUGAAACCACAAACAGACUUGACAACCAACUUCCUCCUAGUCAAUUUCCCAUUAUCAAUCCCACACACGGCCACGAAGCAGUCAGGAACAGGCACAAGAGGAUUGGAUAGCGUUAGCGAGGAGGCCUCGCCGAUAAGCAGCUCCGCGAUGAGGAAUCCGCCCGGCAGGCACCUCCUCAAGGUCGCCAGCCGCGCCGUGCGUUCCUCGUCUGGGGCCUCUGGCCUCGGCGGCGGCGGUGGUGGCGCCUCCACCUCCGCCUCGUCCCCUGUCUCCGCCUCCUCCGGCGGCCGCCCGCGCGGCGGCGGCCGGCUCCUGCGCGCCACCUCGCCGCCCCCGCCCUCUGCCAUCGCAGCCGCCGCGUGCUGGGACUCCCGCAACUUGCGCAGGGACGGGGAGGACGACUGGGAGGAGGUCGUCGCCACGGGCGAGGAGCCGGCUCCGGGCGCCAGCGAGGCGGAGGAGGACAACGAGUACAGGGUGGUGUUCUGGUCCCCGCCCACCGGGGACGAGGUCCGCUCCGCCUUUUCCAGCAUCCAGGAGGUAUUUGAGAAUUCUUAUGGUGCGGCGGAUUCAGAUGAAACUGAGAAACAAUUAGCAUUGUUGUCCACCUCAGUGCAUUCUUCAUCAAGCAAUUCAUCAGGUUCAGAUGACUGGGUAGAACCUGCAGCAUAUGUUCUCAAUUCGACCGCUUUUCUGACCAGGGAACAUAGGGGUGUCUUGGACGCCUUCCGUCUAUUGCAAAGAGAUCCGAAUGUUCAGAAAAUGGUUAUGUCCUUGUCAUGUGAUAAGGCUGUCUGGAACGCCGUAAUGAAUAACGAGGCAGUACAAGAAUUCCGGAGAUCUUUUCAGGAUGCCAAAGAAAUUGGUAGAAAGGGAAACCCUGGUGGCCCUGCUGCAGUGCUCAAGUGGAUUCUGGGCAAAACCCAGGCAAAAAUAAUGGAAUUCUUUGAUAACGUGAUGAAGAUUGUUAGCAUGCUGUUCAACCCUCAAAGCGAUGAAGAGAAGCCCGAUAUGUACAGCGAAGCUGUGAAGGUGUCCUUCAUGCUCUCGGUGUUUGUCUUCAUCGUGGUGGCCAUAGCUCGUAUCAAUUAUGAGCCGUGGGAUUUCAAAGUGUGGUGAUGCAAGAUUCUGCAAGCCGUGUGAAUUUAUUUUGUACAUUCACAUGGAACUUAUACAUUGACGAAUCACGCCCUGGAUGUAAUCAUUUGAUCAUGACUACUGUUGUAUACAGGUAUUGUUUGUUGUGGGUCUGUUUGUCACUGGUAUAGCUCAGAAUAAAGGGGAAUUCUUCA